AUGCCGGCACCGAAAGCGCCCAAGGCGCCAACUAUGAAGGCCGUGAAAGCGGCCAAAAAAGGUGGUCGGCCGAAGUCGACUUUGUCCGCUGACGCCCGUCGGGAGUUAGUGGCGGCAAAGCGCGACGAGGCCGAAAAGGUCGUGGCCGAGAUGGCCAAAAAGGCGGAGACGCUGCAGGCGACAUCGCCCGCAGACAAGGGCACCCUUGGGGACCAGGCCGCAACGAAUAUAAAAAUUAUUCGGGAAAUUGCGGCCCAUUCAGGGAACCUCAAGGGUACGUUUCAAAAGGGCCUGAAGGACGCUGCAGCGUCCCUAGAGAAGGUCAUGUCGGCUCUGAGCUCCGGGUCGACAGGUGAGGAGACUGAGCGCCUGCGCGAAAUCUGCGAGCGCAUGGAAAAUAAGAUCUCCUCACUUGAGAAGGAAAUGGCGGAGCUCAGAGCCACCGUAGAAAGGGAGCGUCGGACGGAAUUCCGGCAGGAGAAGACUGAGGUGCUGCAGCGCCUCAUUCUCACCACAAUGGGUCCUGUGCUGGACGCCCGUUUUGAGGGCCUCCAGGACCGUCUCCUGCCGGAGAAACGUAUGCGGCCCGCACUGGCGGCCGAUAAACGCCGUACGCCGGCAAACCAGACGACGGAUGAGAGGUUGGCUGCCUCGGUGGCCGACAUGAUCUCGGAGUCAGACGCCGAUGUGGAGGAGGUGCCGGUGCCGGCUCCGGCAAGCCGUACCACCGUAUGGCGGAAGGCGCCCCCCCUACCGACCCCUGAACCUAAGCCCAGAAAGGGCAUAGGCAAACGGGGUAGGAAGGGAAAGGGCAAGAAAGGGAACUCUGCCCCUACGGCGCCUGAGCCGGUACCGUUGGCGACUCCACCACUGUCGUCACCGAGGUCGGCCAACUCUCCAUCCUACGCAGCCGUAACGGCUGCGCCGGCGUCACGGCCACCCGCCCCGCCACCGGCUCCUGGGCCAUCAGAAGUGCCCUGGAAGAAGGUGCCGGAGAAGGGUUUGAGCGGUUGUGGACCCUUCUCUUUUUUGGCUGCAGCCUGGUUACCCCGGGGUGGGGCAGCGGCAGCGGCGGCCUUCCUCCUGGAGCCCUUCUCCGGCACCUUCUUCCAGGGCACUUCUGAUGGCCCAGGAGCCGGUGGCGGGGCGGGUGGCCGUGACGCCGGCGCAGCCGUUACGGCUGCGUAG